AUGUUCUUUAUUUCAUUUAAAUUAUUUCUUUCACCGAGUCUUGAUCUUCAUGCAUCUCGAUCAUUUCUAUCAAAUUCAGAUAAUAGUGAACUAGUCAUAUUUCAUAUUGAUGCUAAUCCUAAACUAAAUCAUAUUAAACCAUUUAGUGAUAUCACUUUAAAAAGUUCUUAUUCAGAUGAAGAAGAAGUUCUUUUUAUACUAGGAUCAAUUUUUCAAUUAAUUAAUAUUUAUCAUCAUCAAGAUGGAAUAUGGAUGAUUCAGAUAAAACUAUGUAGUUAUAAUGAUCGUCAAUUAAAAUCACUUUUUCAAUAUAUAAAAAAUGAAUAUGAUGAUGAAGAAAAAACUCUUCUUUCGUUUGGACAUAUUUUAGAAGAUAUGGGAAAAUAUGAUGAUGCUGAAAAAUAUUAUCGUCGAUUAUUAAAUGAAUUAACUUAUGAUCAUAUAGAUCUUGCUGCAUGUUAUCUUUCACUUGGUAAUGUAGUUCAUGAAUCAAAUCUUGAAUGA